AGCCCCGCGGCCAGUGCGCUCGCAAGAAUGGAAAUCCCGCCAACCCACUACCCAGCCUCCAGGGCGGCCUCGGUGGUGGAGAACUGCAUCAACUACCAGCAGGGGACCCCGCACAAGGUGUUCCUGGUGCAGACGGUCAAGCAAGCCAGCAUGGAGGAUAUUCCAGGAAGAGGACAUAAGUAUCAUCUCAAGUUUUCUGUGGAAGAAAUAAUCCAAAAAGAAGUAACAGUCAACUGCACAGCUGAAGUGCUGUACCCUGCAGCGGGCCAGGACACCGCACCCGAAGUCAACUUCACAUUUGAAGGAGAAAUUGGAAAGAACCCAGAUGAAGAAGACAACACAUUUUACGAAAGACUCAAAUCCAUGAAGGAACCACUAGAAGCACAAAACAUCCCAGACAGUUUUGGAAAUGUACCUCCAGAAAUGAAGCCCGUUCGACACUUAGCCUGGGUUGGCUGUGGUUACAUAAUAUGGCAGAAUUCUACAGAAAACACGUGGUAUAAAAUGGUAAAAAUUCAAACUGUCAAGCAAGUGCAAAGAAAUGACGACUUCAUUGAAUUAGACUACACCGUUCUACUUCACGACAUUGCAUCUCAGGUAAAGCAGGAUUUACCUUUACUUGAUGCCACUGUGAAAACUGACACUCCUUUUAGAGCUAAAGUGACAUUAAUUCUGACGAAACACAGUUCGUGUAAUCUCGGACGCCGGGCUGAGGCCUGCGCUACCUACAGCAGUUUAAUGUGCUCACUUCUGUGAGGACUGUGUGCAUCAAAAUACAAACCCAACUGUUUUCUUAAUUGUUUUAUGAAUUCUAUCAUGGUAUCAAUUUCUUUUCUUUCAGGAGAUCAUUCCUUGGCAAAUGCAAGUUCUCUGGCAUCCACAAUAUGGUACUAAAGUCAAACACAGUAGCCGU